GCCGUGGUCGGGCAGCGCCUGGCCGGGGGCCCGCGGGCGGGCCGCCCUCCCCACAGCAGCACACCCCCCCUCUUAAAGCAGCGGCGGGAAGAUGAGGUUUCGGGAGCCGCUCCUGGGCGGCAGCACCGCGAUGCCGGGCGCGUCCCUGCAGCGGGCCUGCCGCCUGCUCGUGGCCGUCUGCGCGCUGCACCUUGGCGUUACGCUCGUGUAUUACCUGGCCGGCCGCGACCUGAGCCGUCUGCCCCAGCUGGUCGGGGUCUCCACGACUCUGCAGAGUGGCUCGAACGCCAACACCGCCGCCGCCACCCGUGGACAGCCCUCCGGGGAACUCCGGACCAAAGGGGUCCGGCCGCCGCCGCCUCUGGGUACCUUUUCCGAACCUCGCCGGGGUGGCAGCAACGCCAGCCUCGGCCCUUCAAGCAGCUUGACUUCGGUGCCGGUGGCUCCGACCUCAGCCCUGUUACUGCCCGCGUGCCCUGAGGAGUCCCCGCUGCUGGUUGGCCCCAGGUCGGUUGACUUUAACGUCCAUGUGGACCUGGAGCUCCUGGCAAAGCAGAACCCGGAGGUGAAGCUGGGUGGUCGCCAUUCCCCCAAGAAUUGUACCUCCCCACACAAGGUCGCCAUCAUCAUCCCAUUCCGCAACCGACAGGAGCAUCUCAAGUAUUGGCUUUAUUACCUGCACCCAAUCCUGCAGCGCCAGCAGCUGGACUACGGCAUCUAUGUCAUCAACCAGGCAGGAGACUCCAUGUUCAAUCGUGCCAAGCUCCUCAACAUCGGCUUCCAAGAGUCCCUGAAGGACUAUGACUACAACUGCUUCGUGUUCAGUGACGUGGACCUCAUUCCCAUGGAUGACCGGAACAGCUACAGGUGCUUCUCCCAGCCGCGGCACAUUUCCGUCGCCAUGGAUAAGUUCGGGUUUAGCCUGCCUUAUGUUCAGUAUUUUGGAGGCGUCUCAGCUCUGAGUAAACAACAGUUUCUCGCCAUCAACGGAUUUCCUAAUAAUUAUUGGGGCUGGGGAGGCGAGGAUGAUGACAUUUUUAACAGGUUAAUUUUCAAAGGCAUGUCCAUAUCACGUCCAAAUGCUGUGGUGGGGAGAUGUCGCAUGAUCCGUCACUCCAGGGAUAAGAAAAAUGAACCCAACCCUCAGAGGUUUGACCGCAUCGCACACACCAAGGAGACAAUGCUCUCAGACGGGUUGAACUCACUCACCUACCAGGUGCUGGACAUACAGAGAUACCCGUUGUAUACCAAAAUCACAGUGGAUGUCGGAACACCAAGCUAGCGUUUUGGCAUGCCCAGAAGAGACCUGAAGGUGGCCAGAGACCUCUGCGGGGUCUCUACCACCCUGCUGGGCUGGGCCCUCUCAUUUCUUAGCCGUCUGAGCACUAGGUUCCCCCUACGCUCAGCGGCCAGAAGCUUCUCCAAGAGACCAGGACCAGUGGGAGAUUGCCUGUACUCCUCAGCAAGGCGUGGCAUGUGACUUCUUAGCCCCACUCAGUGUUUGUCAGUGUAGGAGCAGUCAGCCUUGGAGGGUGUGGGUGGGGUAGGGCUUGACAUAUUCCUGGCAUUGUGGCAAAGAGUCAAGGCCACGCAGUCCCAAAGGCAGUGGACAUGGCGUUCAUUCCCUGUGAUAAAACUGGUCGAUGUUAGGAAAUGGGUCAGAAUUAGUGUAGUAUUCUUCCUACUUCAUGAAAGUUGGAUGACUGCUGCUGAAAUUAGAUUGGCGUGCUAUAUAUAUAUAUAUUUUUCGAUUGUCACUGUGUGUGUGCGUGUGCGUGUUUGUUAUAUUGUAAUGAAAAAACUAAAGUUUGUUCCAUUGUCACCAAUGUCCCUACCACCCCUUUCCUCGGCGGCGUGCAACUAUUACAAUCAUUGUGCAUGAGUCUUUUCUCAGCAAAAAGAUUUUAACACUUGAGCUUUGGACCUUUGAUUGUGCUAAUGUGUGAAUUCCAAGGCAACUUUAGCCGUCAGAGCAAAAGCCAUGGAUGUUCCUAGUGGCCGGUCUGUAGAUUGAUCUGUCUGAUUUCUGAAUGUAAAGGGUUUUUUUUGAAAGUAGCAGUUUAUAGUAUCUUAAAGAACAGUUCAGGUUCUACCUGUGAUUCAGCAUGAUUAUGUUUUGAUCCAAAUCUGCCUAGCUGUUCAGCGUUAAGUCAUGACAAUUUAUUUUUCUGAGCAUGCUAUGUAAACUUGAAUUUCCUAUGUAUUUUUAUUGUGGUGUUCCAAGUGUGGGGAAGGGAUUGAGCAUUUUUUAGGGGAUUAAAAAAAUCACAUAUAUCGUCAUGGCCACAAAUGGGCCUCUGAUGUAGCUGGCAGGCAAGGUUUUAUGCAGAGCAAAAUCACCUUCAGGACCCUUGACAAGGGCAAGGCUUCCAUGUCAGCACUCUCAUGCCAGAUGGAUGUGGAGGACACAAGCUUCUGUCCUCCCUACCCUCCCCGGGUGGGCAGGGUGGCAGGAACCCCAUUCUCUGAUGAGCCCUGGCUGUGGGUGGUAGACAGCAGCUACCAGGUUGUUUAGCAUUCCUUGGUGGGUGGGCACUGGCAGGGGCCUCCCUGGAGCUCCUGCCCUUCUGCCUGGCCCGUCCUGAAUUCCCCACCCUCCUUCUUCCUCCCCUUCUCUCCAGGCCCUGCCUUUCUCCUUCCUUCCUCUCCCUCUAAGUUCCUUUGCCUCUUGCCUGUGGCACUCAGGGUCAAACAGCCUAUUCAUUCUCCAGCCUGAAUGUGCCUUUCAAUUAGAUCUGGAAAGAAGUGUAGCUGGACCCACAGCCCCGCUCCUUCCUGUGGAUCUUGGGUUCCUAGCUGGUGCUCCCUGCUGGCUGUGAAGCUGACCCACGGGUGCAUCUGUGAAGACUGACUCUGCCGAAAGGCACUUCCCACCACUGAGUGCGUGGGCCAUGGUCCUCAGAUGCUGCUGUCUGGCUCCAGGGCUGGACGCCAGCCACUGCCUCAGUGUGUGGCUGAGCUGUGUCCAGCCCCAAUCUUACCUGUGCCUUUAUUGCUUUGAGCAUCUCAGAUGCUAACUUGAUUCUGUUUCCAAAAAACCUUUGUUUUGGUUGGAGAUUCUCUUCCACUCGCAGAUGUGGCUGGGCUAUGUAAAGAAUAUUCCUUUCUGUCAGUUCCUCGUUUGUUAAUCGUCAUGUUUGUAAAACUAGGAGUGACUGCCCCAGGAGGGAGUUUGGGAAAAUGCAAAGAAUAAAGGCCCCUCCUGUCCCACAGUCCUUGAUGCUUCCAAAGUGCCUUAAAGAGAUCAGAUGCCCUGAGCAGUAAUUUCUCUGUUUCCAACUGGACUUCUACAACACUGCCUUUUGUUUCCUGUUGCAUUUUCCAUCAUGUCAAUGUGG